UUUGCUUCUAUUAUAUAAACUAGUCAAAUAUAUACAUUGUAACAGAAGUAAUGAAGGAGAUUCAACAUUUUAGUCAUUGGCAUCCUCUAUAUGAGUAUCGGUGGUGGAUAGUAUUCACUUGUGGUAUAUGCAAUCAGCCAAUCGACAAACAUGAAGUACAUUACGAAUGCCGCAUUUGCGACUAUCAAAUCCACAUAGCAUGUGCUGAGUUGCCAGAGCAUAUCAACAACUCUUUGCAUGGCACACACUCCCUCAGCCUCCUUAAAAGAUCACCACGGGAGACUUCUAUUCAUUGCUUUUACUGUGACAAAUCUUUCGGAGAUGAAUAUUAUGCUUACACUUGCAAGGAGUGUGCUUUCUACAUGCAUGCCAAAUGUGGUGUGAUCGCACAACCCACAAUAGCAUGUGAUGAUCCUGGCGUCAUUCAAUUCUCAUGCCAUCAACAUCCAAUGCCACUUGUGGUCGAGCAUGGAGAUGGUGAAGAUAUUAUUCUUGGUAAGAAAUGCAUAGCAUGUCAAUUACCUUGCUCCUAUCCAGCCUACUCUUGCACCACACAUUCAUGUCUGAAUUUUUUUCAUAAGUCCUGUGUAGAUAAACUGCCACAGAAAAUUCAACAUCCUUUUCAUUCACACAAACCUCUUACCCUUCAAAUCAGUAAGCUUCAAUCUUGUGAUCUUUGUUAUAAAAAGGAUUGCAGACUCGUUUUUAGUUGUCGUGAAAUUGGAUGUACCUUUAAGGUUUGUACCAAAUGUGCAUUUCUCGAUACAAUUGUAAGAUGUCGAAGUCAUGAUCAUUUGCUUUGUCUUGUGGAAGGAGAAUAUUUUGACAAUAUCAAAUGCGAUGCUUGUCAAAAAUCUUAUAAAGAGUUGAAUAAUCAUGCUACAUCUGAAAUUUAUUUGACUCGAUCAUUCCUAUUUCGUUGUAUGGAAUGUGAUUUUAACCUCCAUUUUAUAUGCGGUCCAUUGCCAUCAACCAUUAAAUUCAACUACCACAUACAUAGUUUGACUCUUCUUGAUUCAGUCGUUGAAGAUAAUUGUCACGAAUAUUAUUGCGAUGUGUGUGAAGAAGAAAGAAACCCAGACUUUCGUGUUUACAAUUGUUCUAAUUGCCGAUACGAAGCGCAUAUACAUUGUUUGAUCCCUCAGAUUAUGAAGUUGGUGAAAGGGGGCAACGACACUAGUAAUGAUGUGGAGCUUUGGGCUUUGGGAGAAAACCGAUGGAAUUGGACAAUUGCAAUUGGAGAAAAAGAUUAUAAUAAUACUCACAAAGUGACACUUGGGGACCUAAUGAGUUGUCUAACCCAACAAGAAAAUGAGAUCCUACUUCAUCCAUGGAACCGGAGAGAAAAUUUUAGUUUUAGAAUAAAUAUGCAUGAUAGUUACAAAAAUACUAAUUCUCGAUUUCAUCAAUUGGGCAGAUCUAUUGAAGAUUUUGAAACAAUUAUUGAAUUUUUUCAAAAGUUUGAUAGCUUGGCAUAUAGCUUUGAUGAUGAGAUUCGUUGCUACAUUCGUGAAGAAGGAAUAAGGUUUAAAGUAGAGGAUAAGUAUUUAAGGCAAGAGGUUAUGGAAGUUGAUGGUAAGUACAAGGUACCCAAGACACUGGCUCCUAUUUUGAAAACAUUGCUUGACAACUACUGUGGAGGAGGAGAUCUUGGAGGUGAUUCAAGUUUAAGCCCUGCGAUGAAGAGUGUGUGUGCAACAAUACUACUAAUUGUCAUUGACAAAAUGUACAGAACUAAGAUUGAAGAUGUUACCUGGGAUGAACUCAAAGAAUGGUAUUUUUAUCUUAUUUCCAUUUAUUUGAUUACAGAUUUUAAAGUCUGUAAAUACUUGUUGGGUGACUUGAGAAAGAAAUUCAUUCAAGACUAUUGGAGUUUGAAAGUCAUAAGAUGUAAACAAGACUCCAAGAAUCAAAUAAAUGCAAAGAUUGAAUUUUUGAAAGCUGAAUUGAAAAGAUGGGAGGAGAAUCUUAACAAGUUGGAAGAGAUAGACAUGAAUGGUUUCUUGAAAACUUACGCUUUGCCGCUGAAGAAGAUGACUGUUGAUGAGAACAUGGAUUACUCUGAAAACUUGGCUUGGCAUCUAAAGCAUAAGACUGUUGGUGACAGGGCUUUUUCAUCACUUAGAUGAAAUUUUAGGCUAAAUAUUUGUGUGUGCAUGCAAGUGCAUUCAGUUUUCUUUUUCAUGUUCACAAUAUUCAUGUUUCUUUCCUUUGCUUUUUUACUUUUUUAAUUGAAUGUAGUGUUGUAAUACUCAACUGAACUAAUGAAUUUACAGCCGUUUUUAUGUAAUUAAAGUGUUCUCAUUAAUUACUU